AUGUUGGUUAAGGAAACGACUUGCCUUUUAGCUGUCAACAUAGCUGACCCACUCUUCACCCUGUGUGCUACAUUUGAACCUCCAAGACAUACAUGCCUGCCAUUCGGUAGUGUCACCAGUCUUGACAAUCUUCCGCUCUUACUCGCUUACUUCGUUUUGGCAGCUCAGCAUGUACAGUCGGCAGGGCGAAAGCGGAGAGUGGAGUUCGAGACGGUGGUGAAAAGCGGUAGCGAUGGAUUGCAGCGGUUACGUGUGAGGAGCGAUGCCGUAGUGGAUCCCACCCCGAGGACUGCGCCACCUUCACUUGCACCGUCUACGGUCUUCCGCUCUCCGUCGUCCUUGACAUGGUUGACCUCGUACUCAUCUCGCACUCAAGUUGGCGUCGGCUUUAUUUCUUAG